AGUAUGUCGUAUGACACUGGCUUAAACAGCAAAGCAAUGUGUGUAUUUCAAUCUGGUAUUGUUAAACCAAGUUGACGAGAAACUCAAUCUAUGGCUUUCAAUCGAUAUAGGUAGUAGCUAUUCAAGGGAACUACUAGACGUGGCGUUACGAUAACCCAUUCGGCUGAAGUUACGAUAUCGACACAGUCGAGUGAAGCUUCUCAAAAGAAAUUCUUCGUUUUACAUUUUAAUCGCGACCGCUCCCUGCAUAAAGUGUACGCCAAACAGAAGAAUAAAUCGCAUUUCGUUGAGAGUUAAAGUGUGUACUGUACAGGUGAAUCAAACACCUGUUUUAGUCGUGUUUUAUAUGUGGAUUUAUUUACAGUGGUUAUUUUCGAUAUUUAGUGGCACACAAUGGCACGACUUGGAAAGUAUCAUUUAGGAUUGUUAUUCACGGUACUGUGUCUGAUCUUGGCAUCGCUCGCGCUCAUUGUGACGUCAAUUACCACUGACUUCUGGUUCAAGGUUUCAGCAGACGACUAUGCAACUCCGGAAGUGAAACGAAACUUCUCGUACUCGGUCGGCAUGUGGAGGCGAUGCUACAACAAAGAGAUGCCCUUAGGGGUAAAGGCAGAAGACAGGGCCGGUGACUGCGUAUACACUUACAAGGACUUGACCAGACGGGCGGAGGACAACAUGUCAUCCGGGGAGUACAGAUACCUGAGUCUGGAGCGCAGCUGGGUGGCCCUGAUGAUCACAGCCGGUGGACUUCAACUGUUCACCAUCAUCACGCUGAUUUUGGGACUGUGGCCCAUGGAAUCCGCGAAGGCUGUGAAGAGGUCCACUCUCUACUUGAUAGCCGCCAUCAUGACCCUUUUUGCAACAAUGGCAGCCAUGGCGAGCGGGAUAUGCUUCAUCGGCAUGCAGGAAUUAAACAAGACAUCUCGAGCACUAUAUCCGGACAGCGUGAGCAAGAAAUACGACUGGUCUUUCAUCCUCGGCUGGGUCGCUACAGGUCUGUGCUUCAUUGAGGGCUGCAUGUUCCUACUGCUGCUGAAAAAGGACCACGAAGACAUCCGGGAAUCCGGAAAAUACUCAACCAUGUAACAUAAACUUGAAGGAGAUCGCAAUAUGUCAGUACUAACUUCCGCUAUAAACGGUGUGGCAGUCGCCUACAGAAUACUCGUCUCUUUGAUAGGUUUAUAAUAAAUAUUAGAAGCUACAGACCACGCAAAUGCUUUCAAGACUAAGUUUGGACGCGUAGCAACCGAACUAUACCAUUUUGCAUGAAGGCAAACGUGUUGUACGUUAACCAAAUCAAACGCCCACUUGCUAUAGCUUAAUCGUCAUAAAUCAAAUCAUAAUUUUAAAACUAUUUCUUUGAUUUAUGCAAAUAUCCGUUGGUAAGACUGCAACGGAAUGUCUGAUGUCAUAACGGAACUUAAAACUGUUAUCUGUUUAAAUUGCUAUUUAAAUAUAUUAAAUAUCUUAAAGGGAUCUUUUCACGGUUUGGUAAAUUGACACAUUGCAAACAGUUGAUUCAGAUUCGCAAAAUUUCGGUUUAGUUAUGAUAUUUGUAAGGAAACAGUAUUACUGAACAUUUGCCAUGGUCUAACAUAGCCAUUAUAUGCAUCUUUUGACGAUUUAAAAACCUAAAAAUUAUAAAGCGUUGCAACGCGAAACGAUUAAAUAAUAUGGAGAGUUCUGUUGUUGUCGUUUAAAUUGGUGAAACUACGAAGAUUGCUUAUAUAACGUAUAAAAUACGCAUCUUGGCAUAUGCUUGGCAGGAUAGCACAGUUGGCAAAUGCGUUUUUACUUCAGGAUUCAGGGGGUCACUGGUUCGAGCCCUACUGCGGGCUACUUUUUGUUUCCUUUUUUAAAUGUUAUUUUUGAUUUUUUACUGGAGCUUUAACAAUUUUAUGUUUACAUUUAUCAAUAUAAAGCAUUUAAUGACAAAUUUCAAAAUGGAAAAAAUCGGUGAAAAGGCCCCUUUAACGCAAGAAUGAAUUAAAUGCGGUAUGUUCGGCUCUUUCAUUCAUCACAACACAUUCAUUUAUUGUACAUUCGGGCAUGAAUACAGCACGAUUCCCACUUAACAUGAAACUGGCCUAUGAAUAUAAAACCUACUUUUUGUAAUUUAUAAACGAGUAAUUAAAGUAUUGCAUUCACAUUGUAUAAGCGAUGUGUUACAUUGAAAAUACGUUUUAUCCUUUUCAACAAAUCACCCCAUCCUGGUAGGUAAGCCGGUAAAAACUAGUAUUCGGAUUGUGUGUAUGGGUGGGAUAUACGUUCAUUUGACAUAUACCCGCAAACGAUUGACUGAAUGCAACACAUUAUCAGAUCAAGAGUGUAAUAAUUAUGGGUAGAAUGUGACAAGCAGUUUAUGACAAGCCUAGUCUCGUGCAUUUCUGAAGAAGCUUUAAAGGGGCCUUUUCACGUUUUGGUAAAUUGACAAAAUUAAAAGAAAAAUGUUUCGGAUUCGAUAACUUUCGUUGUAGUUAUAAAAUUUGUUAGGAAACAGUAAUACUGAACAUUUACCAUACUUUAACAUAUCAAUUAUAUGCAUCUUUUGACAAUUUAAAAACCUGAAAAUUAUAAAGCGUUGCAACGCGAAACAAUUUAAUAAUAUGGAGAGUUCUGUUGUUGUCGUUAUAUUUUGGGAUACUACGAGGAUUGCUUAUAUUAAGUAUAAAAUACAUCUAUAAUUGUUCAAGCACGGAUGGUCGAGUGGUCUAAGCGACUUUUACUUUAAGACUACUACUCCAGGAGUCAGUGGUUCGAGCCCAGAUGUGGGUUACAUUUUUUCUAUCUUCGAUUUUAUUCUUGUGUUUUUUUUUACUAGAGCUUUUUUGAUCCAAUGUUUACAUUUAUCAAUAUAAAGCAUUUAAUGACAAACUUCAAUAAUAAAAAAAAAUCUGCGAAUAGGCCCCUUGAAAAUGUAUAAGUUUAAAAGCAUUGAAGAAAACUUUUAACAAACGUAUACUUGUCUGACUCUUAUAGCGGUGGACAAGUUGCUAUGAAAUUGCAAGUAUUAUCGCUAUGGGCAUGCUAUCAGAUCGUAUCGAUAGUUAGACGUGUUGGCCAAAGCAUAGUUGGGCGUUUUGACCAGUGCAUCAUUUGUUAAAAAACCUUAUUCAUUUGUAUCACGGUAUUAGCUCGACAUAGUAACAGUUUUGUUAAUCUGUACAUCUUCGAUGUGGUUCUUUUCGUACGGUUGAAUAAAAGAAUCUAGGUGAAAGUAUAUACUUUCACGUCAGCAUAGUUUACUAUCACCAAAAUAAAUAAAUUUUGACUCAAAGUUGCUCCUCGUAAAAUAUAUUUAACACACUUUGUUUGAUAUGAGUGUUUUACGUAAUUGUAAUUGUUUGCUGCAGUCGAAUGCAAAGUACCUGUUCAUUAGUCAAAGAUUUAAAUCUAAUUGACAAUGUACCCGUAUAUUAUAUUAAUUUUGUAUAUAUUGAAAAUUGCAGUACACACAAUCGUACUGUACUUCUCAAGAUGUCAACACAUAUGGUUUACGAUUUAUAACAUUUUUAUCAAGUUUUUAUUAGCGCAUUGUUAUACAACAAUAGUGUUUAACAGAUUCGGCAUCGUUUUAUUGUUAUACUAUAUUCUUAUGGAGCUUGAAAUUAUAGUGGUCUCACGAAAUAUGUCUGCCUCAGACGACUAAACAGGUUAGAACAUCAUAUACGUAUGAUACCAGAGGUAUAACUGGAGUCUAUUUCAUUUUUAAACAUUGAUUUGAAUUCAUUAUAAGACGUUUAAUCAGGAACCUUUUGAGUAAAAAAUAAAUUAACAUGUGCAUACAAGUGUCAUUUGUCUUAUAAUCUCUUUGCAAACAACACACUAGUCAUGCAUAUGAAUCUAUGUGCAAGCAAUUGCAUUAAGACUUUCCAAACAAAAAAGAAUCUUUUUGCUAACAUUCAUUUAGAGUUUUCUUCAACACAUACCAAAACAUGUAUAACAAUAAACAAAAGUUCAGAUAGUUGGAAAUAAAUCCUUGUUUAUGUGAAUAACAAUGUGUAUAGUUCUCCUAAAAUUAUAUACUGUGUACAAAACUCGACGAUAAGGCAAUUUUCUAUCUAAAAGAAAAAAAACAAUCUUGAUGUAUUCACUAUUUUCGUGGAAUCGUUUUCUUACCAAAUAGUUUUAAACUGUCAGCCACUUAGUUCAGAGGGGUUCAAUGAAUCAGAAUGGUAAAACAAUGCAUGUAUUUAUUGCUCAGGUACUAUGCAUUAUGAUUCAGUACGGGAGAUAAUUUCUGUAUUAUAAGUGUUUAAGUAUGUUUGUAAAUAAAGUUUGUAAAUAUU